AUGUUGUCGAACGAGAAAUCAACAGACGCUCUCGACCUGUCGCACCAUCUUUCCAAGGUUGGGAAGGCGCGCCACACUUCUCCCUUGAAAGGAUUGCAAAAAUAUAUGGGCAAACCUGGAUUGAUAAGCCUCGCGGGAGGUCUACCUAAUGCUGCAUAUUUCCCCUUUUCAUCUGUGUCCGGCGAGAUUCUGGCUCCAGACUCGUUUCCCCUGAAGACUGACUUCGAGGAAUCGUCUCUGUCAUGGUUCUGGAAGCUGUUUUCUCGGUCAGACAAAGAAAGAACGUCAACUUUUACUGUUGGGAAAUAUUCUAAACGCCCAGGCGACCUUGACCUGGAAAACGGGCUACAGUAUGGUUUGGCUACUGGCCAACCGAAGCUUAAUGAAGUUAUUCGCGAAUUUGUGGGCAAAGUUUUCCAGCCCGCUUACAAGAACUGGACAACGUUGGUUCAUACCGGCAACACAGAUGCAUGGUUCAAAACUGUCCAGACGAUCCUUAACCCAGGAGAGGGACUCAUUGUCAGUGAAUGGACAUAUCCUAGUGCAAUGGCGAGUGCCCAACCUUUCGGUAUAAUUCCUGUUCCAGUUGGCAUGGAUAGCGAGGGAAUGAGCAGUAUCUCCUUGCGUGAAACACUUUCUGAAUGGGAUGAAUCAGCCCGUGGAAUGCCACGACCCCAUGUUAUGUACACUGUUCCCGUUGGGCAGAACCCCACAGGCACGACCAUGGGUAUCCAAAGGAAGAAGGAAAUUUAUGAUAUCUGUGUUGAAUAUGAUAUCAUCAUUGUGGAAGACGACCCUUACUAUUUCCUCCAGCAAGGGAAAUAUGUCCCUAAAUCUGACCGUGUAGCGGAACCGGACACUGAUGAUGAAUUCACCUUGGAGCCGGCAAUGUUCGGCACUUACUCAAUAUUGACUAUCCUCAGGUUAGAUUAUCAAGGUCGAGUAAUCCGUUUGGACACGUUUUCAAAGACUGUCUGCCCUGGCUCUCGUCUCGGGUGGUUCACAUGUAACCCAAUGUUUGCUGAACGUUUAGAGAGAACCGCAGAGACAUCGUCGCAAGCUCCUUCUGGUUUCACUCAGAUUUACGUCGCGUCCUUACUCUUGAAAUGGCAUUACGAAGGUUAUAUAAGAUGGUUGAAAGCGCUACGUCUCCAGUACAAGCAACGAAGAGACUAUUUCCUCGAUUGCUUCGCGGACGAGUUCCAUCUCAAGGCAACAUUGUCUACCGAGGGCUAUACGGCUGGGGCACAUAUAUACCAUGCAUCGCUGAAACCCAAGCGCUCGUUUGUUCUUUUGAGCGAGAAAGACGUUGCCUACUCCAAACCUCUCUUCUCUUUUGUGCCGCCAAGUUCUGGCAUGUUCCUAUGGCUCGAACUUCACCUCGAUGAUCACCCUUCGUUCUCGUCUCUGGGUUACAAGGCGUUGGAGAUGAAGCUAUGGACUGAAAUUGCAGAUGCUGGUGUUCUCUUUGCGCCAGGUGCCAUGUUCUUCGCUACCCCGGUUGAAGAUGAUACUCCAGGAUACGGCCACUUCCGGAUUAGUUUCAGCAACUCUACUGUGAGUUCUAUUCUGUGA